AUGGUGCCCCUGCUGCUGCUGCCCCUGCUGUUGGGGGGUGAGUGGUACCAGCUCCAAGUGAAGGAAUCCGUGACCGUGCAGGAGGGUCUGUGUGUCCAUGUGCCCUGUUCCUUCUCCUACCCCUGGAAGCCGGGGUAUUCCCGGACGAUGCUCUACAUAUACUGGUUCCGGGAUAGGGACACCUCAAGCAACCGUUAUCUGGUGGCUACAAAUAACCCACAGAGAGCAGUGAGGACAGAGGCCCGGGGCCGAUUCCGCCUCGUCGGGGACCCCUGGGCCUACAACUGCUCCCUGAGAAUCAGAGACGCCAUGAGGAGUGACGAGGGAGUCUACUUUUUCCGAGUGGAGAGAGGAGAAGACGUGAAAUAUACUUACACACAUACGACGAUGACUCUGCGGGUGGCAGCCCUGACACAGGAACCCGACAUCCGCUUCCCGGAGCCCCUCAAGUCUGGCUGGCCCGCAGAGCUGACCUGCAGCCUGCCGGGGUCCUGCGAAGGGGGAAGACCUCUCACAUUCUCCUGGGUGGGGGCUGCUCUGGACUCGCUGGACCCCGAGACCCUGCACUCCUCGGUGCUGGCCUUCACCCCGAGGCCGCAGGACCAUGGCACCAACCUCACCUGUCAGGUGAAACUGCCAGAAGUUCAGGCCACCGUGGAAAGAACCAUCUGGCUCAAUGUCUCCUAUGCCCCCCACAACCUCACCAUCAGCAUCUUCUUCAGCAAUGUCACAGGCUCCAGGCUCCGAACGCUGUGCAACGGUAUGUCGCUGCCGGUCCUGGAGGGCCAGUUCCUGCGGCUGGUCUGCGUGGCUGACAGCAAUCCCCCUGCCGUGCUGAGCUGGUCCCGGGAGGGGAAAGCCCUGAGCCCCUCCCAGCCCUCCGCACCCGGGGUCCUGGAGCUGCCCCACGUAGGGGCUGGAGAUGAAGGAGAAUUCACCUGCCAGGCUCGGCACCCGCUGGGCUCCCAGCACAUUUCCUUCAGCCUCUCUGUGCAGAGAAGCCUGUCUUCCUGCAACUGUGUGACUGACGAGCAAGAGGGCUCCUGGCCCCUGGUCCUCACCCUGCUCAGAGGGGCCCUCAUGGGGGCUGGCUUCCUCCUCACCUAUGGCCUCACCUGGAUCUACUACACCAGGUGUGGAGGCCGCCAGGAAGCAGGGCUGAGAAUCCCCAUCAGCCUGUGCAACCAGGCGGGGGCUGCUUCGAGGAGUUUCGUGCAAAACCAGUGGGUCUUAGGUCCUCCUCAUGCCCUACAGUCCCUUUUACCAAACCUGGGGCCCUCCGAGCCCCAGCCCCGGGACUUCAGCAGUCACGGAGGGGAGGCCACGAAAGAGCAGCGCCUGUCCUUUGAUGGCCACGACGAGUGGGACCAGAUGCAGAACCAGGGGGAUGACGUGGCCACCUCGGAGCAGGAACUGGAACUGAUUAAAGAGAGGGAAAGGGCAAUUCGGCAGCCGCAGGCUCACACUUUGGACGUCCGUCAGAGGUUUAAAGAUUUGCCCGUGAUGAUCCGUGACCAAGGAGACCCCGCUGACAGCACGGAAGCCGACGGAGAAGAACUGAAAUACCCGGGGAAUGGCUCAUCUCUUCCAGUCCUGGAAGGGGAAUCUGUGUUCCUGGUCUGUGUCGCCGACAGCAACCCUCCAGCCACACUGAGCUGGGCCCAGGGGAGCCGGACUCUAAGCCCGUCCCAGCCUUGGAAGCCCGGGGUCCUGGAGCUGCCCCGAGUGGAGUCGGGCCACGAAGGCGAAUUCACCUGCCGAGCUCAGCACGCUCGGGGCUCCCAGCACGUCUCCCUGCGUCUCUCUGUGGUCUGCCCCCCGCGGCUGCUCGGCCCCUCCUGCUCCUGGGAGGGCGAGGCGCUGCGCUGCACCUGCUCCGCCCGAGCCCGGCCGGCCCCCACCCUGCGCUGGCGGCUGGGGGAGGGGCUGCUGGAGGGGAACCACAGCGACGCCUCCUUGACCGUCACCUCCAGCUCCGAGGGGCCCUGGGCCAACAGCUCCCUGAGCCUCAGGGGGCCGCUGCUCUCCGACCUCAGACUCGGCUGCGAGGCCCGGAAUGAGCACGGGGCCCAGAGCACCGACGCCGUCCUGGUGUUGCUGCCAGGGAAGUCGCUGUCCCUGGCAGAAGCUGCGACUGCAGCUGUGGGAGGCGCCGGAGCCAUGGCUCUGCUGUGCCUGUGUCUGUGUCUCCUCGUCUUCUGGGUGGUGAAAGCCCGCAGGAAGCAAGCGUCUAGGAGUCAAGAGGGCAUGGCUAAUGAAGACCCUGUCAUGGGUACAGUCGACUGGGGUUCCAGGAAGAAGCCCUGGCCAGACAGCCCUCCAGAUCAAACGACCCCUGCCGGGGAUGCCCCUCCCUCGGGGGAGCAGCAGGAGCUCCAUUACGCCUCCUUCAGCUUUCACGGGAUAAAGAUGAGGGAACCUCAGGACCAGGAGGCCACCAGCACCAGUGAGUACUCGGAGAUCAGGACGAGCAAGUGA